AUGAUUUCGCUAGCUUUGUUCGUAUUCCAACAUGACGUCGAUUUCUCGCUUUUUUGCUCACCGCGAGCCUUGAGGAAUGGCGAGAAGGCGGAACUCAACUUUCCUCUGUUAGCGCCCGCAUGGUGUUGGUGGUUUAUUAGUGGUUUCGCCAGCAAUUUCCUCGCCUUCUACUCAGGGACAGAACUCUCGCAAGACCAACCCCGUCGACACGGUGCAAAUAGAGGCAUGCGCAUCGAUUCGACGUCUCCUCUUGAAGAGCAGUGGAAGAGGAGGGAAAGGGAGGGAGCGGAGGCGGGCGCCGAGCCACAGGCGACUGCUUCAAGACCCGCCCACUCUCGUGCUGUCGACUAG